AUGCGGGGGCCCCGCGCUCUGCCCGCGCCGCCCGCCGGGCUCCGGGGACUCUCGCUGCUGGUGCUGCUGCUGGGCAGCCAGGCGGCGCGGCGCCCAGACAUUAACUCAGAGGGGAAGAAUGCCCCUUCAAGUUCCUACCCACUCGGCUCUGAUGAACUCCCAAACAACACGACUGGCAAAGAGAAGGGAGAGCUCCCCCACACCACAGCUCACAACCUUGUUCAGUCGGGAGAAGACUUCUUUGAUUCUGUGACUGAGAAGACGACUCUGUUGCCUCUACAAGCCCCUGAAGCCCAUACAAAACAAACUUUCCCUUCCAAGAAGAAGCCACCUUCUCUGAAGCAAGUAAACACUGCAAGGAAGCACCUGAGACCCCAAACUACCCCAUCAAUGCUUCAGAGAGCUGCCUCUCAGCCAAAGCUGUCAGGCGCCAGGGCCUUCACCUCUGCUGAAGAGCCUCAUGCACUUGGGAAUGGGAUUACUAUGGCUACUGAAGCCAAGCAAGCAACCCCUGAGCUGCCAUUGUGGGGUGGCAGGAAAGGAAGCAAUGGCACAACCAGCCAGUCUCCGCUGCAGAUUUCUCCUUUUACGUUAUGGCCUGUGAUCCGCCAGCCCACUUCCCAAAGUCCAGAGACAGUAAAGCAGCCUGUGGUUGCUGCGGCUGCUGUAGAAGGUGAUACAAUCGGUCCCAGUGCCAACAAGACAAGCAGUGCAGAGAACGAGAUGAAUGGAUCUGCUUCCGAAGAAAGUCAAGAAACAACCACUUCCACCAUCAUCACCACCACAGUCAUCACCACCGAGCACACGCCAGUUAUCUGCAGCGUUAGUUUCUACGACCCAGAAGGCUACAUUGACUCGACGGACUAUCCCCCGCUUCCUGUGCCCAACUUCCUGGAGUGCACCUAUAACGUGACAGUCUACAUGGGCUAUGGAGUGGAGCUCCAGGUGAAGAGUGUGAACCUGUCAGAGGGCGAGGUGCUCGCCAUUCGUGGAGUGGACGAUGACAACUUGGUGAUCUUAGCCAAUCAGACACUUUUGGUGGAGGGUCAGGUGAUUCGCAGCCCAACCAACACCAUUUCCGUUUACUUCCGGACAUUCCAAGACGAUGUGGUUGGGACAUUUCAGCUUCAUUAUCAGGUGUUCAUGCUGAGCUGCAGCUUUCCGCGGAGGCCUGACUUUGGAGAUGUCACCGUAAUGGAUCUGCAUUCUGGUGGAGUCGCCCAUUUCCAUUGUUACCUGGGAUAUGAACUCCAAGGCCCCAAACUGCUUACAUGCAUCAAUGCAUCGAGGCCUCACUGGAGCAGCCCCGAACCUGUCUGUUCAGCACCCUGCGGUGGCAUGGUGCAUAAUGCCACGAUUGGACGAGUUCUCUCACCGAGCUACCCUGGGAACCACAGUAACAUGCACUGCGUGUGGACCAUCACCGCUCCCCAGGGCCAGAAGCUGCACCUGCACUUUGAGAGGCUUCUGCUGAGUGAAAAGGACAGAAUGGUGGUGUACAGCGGAGAGACAAACCACUCAGCCAUCCUCUACGAUUCCCUCCGGACAGAGAGCGUCCCCUUUGAAGGCGUGAUCAGCGACGGCUCCGCCAUCCGCAUUGACUUCAUGGCGGAUGAGGCGAGGGCCACCACAGCUUUCAACAUUCGAUUUGAAGCUUUCGAGCGAGGCCAUUGCUAUGAACCCUACAUUCAAAAUGGGAAUUUUACCACCUCUGAUCCUACCUACAACCUGGGAACGAUGGUAGAGUUCACCUGUGACCCUGGCCAUUCUCUGGAGCAGGGACCUGCCAUAAUCGAGUGUAUCAACGUCAGGGACCCCUACUGGAAUGACACCGAGCCACUGUGCAGAGCAAUGUGUGGAGGGGAGCUCUCUGCCAUGGCAGGAGUCAUCCUGUCCCCCAACUGGCCAGAGCCCUAUGAUGAGGGAGAGGACUGCAUCUGGAGGGUACACGUUGGGGAGGAAAAGCGGCUUUUCCUGGACAUCCAGCUCCUGAACCUGAGCGACAGCGACAUCCUGACCAUUUACGACGGGGACGAGCUCACGGCCCGGAUCCUGGGGCAGUACAUUGGCAGUAGUGGUCCCCAGAAGCUCUACUCCUCCACCCCCGACCUCACCAUCCAGUUCCACUCCGACCCUGCGGGUCUCAUCUUCGGGAAGGGGCAGGGAUUCAUCAUGAACUACAUAGAGGUCUCAAGGAACGACUCGUGUUCAGACCUGCCGGAGAUUCAGAAUGGGUGGAAGACCACAUCACACACCGCGCUAGUGAGAGGGGCCAAGAUCACCUACCAGUGUGAUCCAGGAUAUGACAUCGUAGGAAGUGACACGCUCACCUGCCAAUGGGACCUCACCUGGAGCAGCGACCCUCCGUUUUGUGAAAAAAUUAUGUACUGCACAGACCCUGGGGAAGUGGACCACUCGACCCGUUUAAUUUCUGAUCCAGUGCUGCUGGUUGGAACCACCAUUCAAUACACGUGUAACCCAGGCUUUGUACUGGAAGGAAGUUCCCUUCUUACGUGUUACAGCCGUGAAACAGGAACUCCAAUCUGGACAUCAAGGCUACCCCACUGUGUCUCUGAAGAGUCCCUUGCCUGUGACAAUCCAGGAUUACCUGAAAAUGGCUACCAAAUCCUCUACAAACGCCUUUACUUGCCAGGCGAAUCCCUGACGUUCAUGUGUUAUGAAGGCUUUGAGCUAAUGGGCGAGGUUACUAUCAAAUGCAUUCUGGGCCAGCCAUCCCACUGGAGUGGACCCCUGCCCAUCUGCAAAGUGAAUCAAGACAGUUUUGAACACGCUUUAGAAGUAGCAGAAGCUGCCGCAGAGACGUCGCUCGAAGGGGGAAACAUGGCGCUAGCCAUAUUCAUCCCAGUGCUGAUCAUCUCACUACUGCUGGGAGGCGCAUACAUCUAUAUCACAAGAUGUCGGUACUACUCCAACUUGCGCUUGCCCCUCAUGUACUCCCACCCAUACAGCCAGAUCACCGUAGAGACGGAGUUUGACAACCCAAUUUACGAGACAGGGGAAACAAGAGAAUAUGAAGUUUCAAUAUAAAGACAAUGAUACGAGAGUCUCCAAAUGUGAACUUAAUUCACUCCAAUAGAACUUCCUCCGUGACUAAUCCAGAGACCAUGUGGAGUUUAACUGGAAUCCUGGACCUACUCUUGUUUGUCCUUUUGCCUCUUUAUUGAUGAUUUCACUGUUUUCUUCACUGUAUUUAUUCUAUUUAACUUGAGAUAGGUGUGUUCAAAGUGUUACCGGCAGGCUGUGCUCCGCUCCCUGGGUGUACCAGCGCACAGCUACCAGUCCACACAGGAAGGUGGGGAGGUGCAGGGAUCAGCUGGCCCCAUCUCGCAGCAGCGACAGUCUCCAGCUCUGCACUGGCCACACGCAAAGAGAUUUUACGAUUUUUAUGGUGUUAAAAAUUAAUAUGUCUCCAUGCAAGAUCCUGCAGUUAACUGUCAAGAGCUGGGUUAGACACAGAGCUUGAUUCCUUGGUAUUAUACAUAGAGAGUCUUUCUGAGCACUGUCCUAAGCCUAACUACUGCCCGCACAUUUCCGGUUCUCCUAGAGUUUGAUCAGGCAUCUGGUGCUACACUCUCUGAUUCAAAGUAGAGGGAGCAGCCUCUUUCCUGGGGCCCAUCUCAGGAAAGUUGCCAAGCAGGUACAGUGUGAUGCCCUCGGGUGUCUGGGGAGAAAGGGGAAGCAGAGACCAAACAAGCAGGUUACAUGCUACUUGCUUGGCCCAGUUUGUUUUUAAUCCUGGAGAGGCACAUGCAAGAACAUGUGAGCUGUUGCAGAAAAGCCUUAACGUGUGCAACCAGCGAUUGCUGAGCAUAUCGACCCCAGUCUGAGAGACCUUGGCAGCAUUGCAAGGGGACAUGGGUAAAAUCUUCUAGGGCUGUGUUUCUGCUACACUGGGAACAAACAGGCUUGCAUGUCUUUUGCUCACACCUGUUGUUAUAACAUUUACUGUGGCCAUUGCAAGGAAUAUGUAGUCUCUCAAAGUCUGAGUUCACCUUUUGCCCACUUUAUUGUAAAUAUCUCAGGGUAAUAACGAUAGAAUACAGGAUCCUAUUACACACUCUGGUUAAUUUUGGAGCAUUCGCCCUUCAAGGUUAUGGUGCCCUCAUGCAACUGGAAGAGUCCAUUGUUCUUCUGGAAUAGCUGCUCUGGAAAGGGCAGGUGGGGUGACUAGUUAGCCACAACUCUGCAUGGGAAGAGCCAGAGUCAGUCCUUCUUCUCAUCUUCCCGGAGCAUGCAAAACCAGCAGAGUGCAUUUGAUUGGAUCUCAGCAGCAUGGGAAGACUUUAUGGCAGCAACCAAACCACAACGUUCCCGUCAUUCUAAACCGAUUCCAGGGCACUGCCACCACUCCGUGGCAGAAAACAGUGUCCAGUAAGCAUUGUCCAUUAAGAGCUGCACUGUUCAGCUUUGAGCUAAGAACGGGAAAUCAACUAGAUUUGAGCUCUGCUUGUGAGUCGAGAUUGGGCAGACCCCACUGGGGAAAGAGAGAAUAGACUAAGGGGGAAGAAAGCCAGGUAGCAAACCUUCCCUGACUGGAGAACAGGAGCCCAAUCGCUGGAGGAACAUAGCAGGCAAAACAGAGCCUUUAGUAGCCACUUCCAUCUUGAUCUAACCCUGUGACAACUGGAAUUCAAGCACCACAUUCAUAUUCUUUGGUUCUGGGGAAUAACGUGUUCACAUUAACAAAACAAAUGCUCAAAUGUUUUCUUUUCAUGGAAGCAUAAAGGUUCACAAAAGGCUCCAGUGACUUAGUUACCAGUACUUCUCUUCACAAAACUGGCGGUCACACAGGACCCUUCCUGCUAUCGUUGGAGGGCCAGCGACAUUGUUGAUGUUUCUUUGGCUGCUGGUGUCUUUUUUCGGUCUUUGUAGAAUGGCAGUUGUAACCAUGACAAAGUUUUCACGUCCGUUUUAGUUUAGAGAAGUUAGUGCAUCUCUGCAGUUGUAUGACUGAGACAUUAGAUCUUUUUUCCCUUUGAAAAAACAAACAACUGAAUGUGUAUUUGUAAUUUGUAAAGUUUAAAAAAAAAGAAAAACAAAAACAAAAAAAGGUGCCAGAAAUGUACCAGGUAUUUCAUUUCUGUUCAUAUAUGUCUGUUUUUAUAAGAACAAUGUGAAAAUUGUUGGGAUUAAAUAUUUUUGAACAUGAUACUUCCCUGGGAAGCUCUAGAAUUUAGUGUAACCUUAAUACAAAUUGUGCUCUAUUUUUUAAUGGUUGAAAAUAAGAUUAAGAAACAUUUGAGCCACAGAAUAUGCCUGUGAUUCAGCCUGUAUUACAUGCUGCAUACACUUCAACGCUAUCUGCCAUGUGAUCCGCAGGUCUCCAUGGUUACACACACACACUUCAGUUUAGACACAGACUCUUACAUUGUCACGUUCUUGAAUGAGUCUGAUCUGAAAUGAGUGAAUGGUGCAGAAGAUUCUCCCUGGACCCAAGCCGUGAAGAUUGAUGUGUUGGGUCCAUCUUACAGUAUUUCAGCUGUGGAGUUUUUCUCCAGAAAAUGGGCACAGGUUAUCCCUUGCAGCAUAUGAGCCUUGUGGCUCUCAGGGGCGCCUAAAGGCUAGAUUCUAGUCCCUCAGAAGUCAUUGGCAUGAGAUUUGGCUCUCUGUGUUCUCUAAAGCCUACCCAGCCCAAAUGAAUCUUCAGUUUCCUUGAGAUUUGGUUUUACAAACUAUUGAGAUGCAGAUCUCUUCAUUUCCCCCUGGGAAGAAAUACAGGAGCAACUGCAGAAGAACUCUCAUGAGCUCCUCUGUAUUACCAUGCGAUCGGGGCAAUAUGCCACCCUCUUUAGAACAAGCCUGCUGUGCUAAAUAAAUUCAGAGCAUCGGGGCAGGCGGAAGAACGGCAGGUAACCAGGAAUGGAAGUGACCCCUUAGUUAGUUACUAUUUUCUUUCUAUACAUAUAUAAAUAUGAAAGGAUGGAGAGGUGGAAGGCCUAGUGGCCGCUCACUUUAAAAUGCCUUCCCUUGCCUCCUGCUGUGUAACUUUAGUGCAUUAUUUAGCAUGUUAAACCAAGCCUUCUGAGCAAUGGAAGCAAAGGGACCCUACCAGACGCAUCUGUUUUCUGGGGCACAGAGCCUCUGCAUUGGUGGUCUGGGCUCAUCUGGAGGCAGUUUCCACUGGCUGAAGACUGGGGAGAAAUUUUAACCCUGCAGUAAACAGGCCCCACUCCCAGGGAAGAGAUGGGGAGACGCAUCUGCUUCCUGGGCUGGUUGGCUGUGGAUCUUUUACUGCAGGUGCCGUUAGCUAAGAGGCGUCUGCACUUGGUCCCGGGGAAGAAUGAAAGCAAGUGGGAAAUGAGACAAAUGCCUUUGCCUUAUUCAUGGAUGAAAACAACAGAACUUCCUCGUUCUCCUUACUAUUGAACAUCACAACGUCCUGCCCCAUGGGGCAGGGGCAGGGAAACACCCUUCGAGCAUGGAGACUGGCUCUCUCUGGGCAUCAGUGUGGCCCAAACCAUCCAACCCUGUGGGAUCAGAGAUUUGCACUAGCCCUGGCAGAGUCCAGAACAUUCUCCUCAGUUGAGCUGAGACUCUGGUUUGGGCACAGAGUUCAGAACAUCUGCCGAUAGAGCACAUACUCCAUGAGGUCUGUGUUUCUACUGUCCGCAGUCAGUUUCCAGACUCUGUCUGAACAUACAGGACAGAGAUCACUGACUGGGAACAAUGCCAAGGAGCCAGUCUGGAGAAGACUCCACAGGAAGACCAGAAGGGUCAGUGGAGAUAAAAGAGAUCGACUGUCCUGAGGAGUAAGCAUGUAGCAAGCAGUACGUUCAACACAACUGUUCCUCUAAGGGCAGAAUGACGUAGGACACUCUGCCCUCCUCAGCCAAAGUCUGUCCAAGUCAAUGGAAAGCCUCUCACCAACUUCACAGACUUUUGGAUCAGGCCCUUAAAGCAUAAUGUUGACUAGGGAGGGAUAGCAAAGUGUCUAAGGCAAAUUCCACCAGUCUAGAUUCUUUUGCUGUUUUCAUGUUGGUCCCCAUUUUGUAUGUUCACAGUUUCAAAAACAAAACCCAGUGUGGGACUGGAUGGAAAAAUGAAAACAUUUUCUUAUCUCAUUAUUUUUUGUUGAUCUGGCGGCUUUAAAGGGAGAAGAGGGGCAUAUGCAGAACAGGGGAGUUCUAAUGCACAGCUCCCAACGUUCCUCGUAUGCCAGCAGGGACAGGUCAAACCCAAACUGUGCCACAGGUUUGUGUAGCGUUGUCUGUACUCGUGUACAUCUUUACAAGUGGUGUGCAUGCAGUACAGCUACAUCACGGCUGCUCACCUGUCUAUGAUGCCUCCUGGUAUUUUUUCAUCCCAGCCAUCAGAAUAUCCUACUUUUGUUCACAUGAACAAUAACAGAUUUGUAGGGUGACAUAAUGUAUAUUUUUCAUGCUAUUUUCUUGAAGGUAAACUACAAUUUCUUAAAUCUUAUUCUUAAAUCUUCAUAUGGAUGAACAUACUGUGUUAAGAGAAGCAUUCUGGAAAUCAUAACUCUCCCUCCAUAUUAAUGUACAAACAUACUUCAGCUCUGUCUGUGGUACUGUAUCCUGAGUGCAAUAAAUUCCUCAUUUUGCGUCA